CACGCAGGGAGGUGACGUAACAUGAACACGUGGGUUUGUUAUUACAGGAAGUAAAGAUGGCGGCUCAGUCCCUACUCUCAGAGUCUGUGAUCGGAUGGUCAAUUUUCACAGUUGUUCUCCUGGUAAUUCUGGCAUUCUGCUGGAUCUACAUUCGCAAAUUUCAGAGUCGACAAGAUAGUGAAGUUAUUUCAACAAUCACAGCAAUAUGUGCAUUGGCCAUAGCUUUGAUAACCUCGGCUCUCCUUCCAGUGGACAUAUUCCUUGUUUCCUACAUGAAGUAUCCCAAUGGUACCUUUAAGCAAUGGGCUGCAAACAAUGAGACAAGAGGACAAAUUGAAGCCACUGUGCUGUAUGGUUAUUACACUCUCUACUCCAUAAUACUAUUCUGUGUCUUUCUCUGGAUCCCAUUUGUUUACUUCUACUAUGAAGAAAAGGAUGACAACAAUGUAAACAAAUGUUCGCAAGUGAAAAAUGCUCUGAAGUACACGGUUGGAUUUGUCCUCGUCUGCGUGGCGCUCCUUUUAAUUGGAGCAUUUGUUCCACUUGAGGCCCCACCUGGACAAAAUUCCACUCAGUGGGAGAAGGUGCAGUACCUUUUUGAUGAGCUUGGCAGUAGCCAUGGUCUUCCUGCUCUAUCCUUCUCGAUCAGCUCUUUGACCUUGAUUGGUAUGUUGGCAGUGAUCACUUACACGGCAUAUGGAAUGUCUGUCAUGCCUUUGAAUCUGAUAAAAGGCACACGAAGUGUCGCGUACGAACGCCUUGAGAACACAGAGGACAUUGACGAGGUUGAACACCAGAUAGAAAAUCUGAAAUCCAAGUGUAAGGAUGGUCGUCCUCUAUCCUCAAAGGACAGACGCAACCUGCAGGAGCUUGAGGGCAAACUACAGGUCCUCCAGCGCAGAGGAAGACACCUGGACAUUGCAGAGAGCCAUUGUUGCUCUAAAGUUGGCAGUGCUCUCAGACCUGUCAAGAUAAUACUUGGGGGUUUUUUCAUCCUGGUUGCACUGCUCUUCACUAUUUCCCUGUUUAUUUCAAAUCUGGACAAAGCACUUCACUCUGCUGGCAUUAGCUAUGGGUUCAUAAUCUUUGGCACCAACCUAACCAAUCCUCUCAAUGAACUUCUGCUGGCUUUACAACCUGUUUUUCCAUUGGAUUACAUCCUAAUUACAGUCAUUACAAUGUACUUUGUGCUGACAUCCAUGGCUGGCAUUCGUAACAUGGGCAUCUGGUUCUUCUGGAUAAGGCUGUACAAAAUAAGACCAAAGAGAACACGUCCCCAGGCUCUCCUCUUCCUCUGCAUGAUUCUGCUGUUGAUUGUUCUCCACACCAGCUACAUGAUCUACAGUCUGGCCCCACAGUAUGUCAUGUAUGGGAGCCAGAAAUAUCUUGCGCAGGCACCCUCAACUGAUCCAGUGUCUGGGAAUGCUACUGUUAGCACUACAAAGAUAUGUGAUGCAGACGCACCUGAGGAUGAGUGCACUGUGACGAGAACCUAUCUCUUCCUACACAAGUUCUGGUUCUUUAGCACCAUCUACUACUUUGGGAACUGGGCUUUUAUUGGGGCUUUCCUUAUUGGCCUGGUAGUGUCAUGCUGCAGAGGAAAGAAAUCUGUGAUCGAAGGAGAGGUGGAGGCCGAUGACUCAGACUUGAGCGAUGAUGAAUAUGUGCACUGAAAAAAAAAAAAAAAAAAAAAACCUUUUCACUUGCAGUCAUAAUUUAAAGGGGACUAAAAAGCAUGUUUUCUUUGACAAAUAAAUGAGUGAACUAAUUAAAUGUAUUAUUCUGGAUUUUUUUUUUCUGGAUACCAGGCUUGGUUGAGUUGACUCGUUCAUCCCCUUUAAUGAGACAGCUCAGACUGAUUGUAGUGUCCUCCUCACUCAAUUUUAUUGACGGCUCGGGGAUUCUGGGAGUGUCUUCCAACUCAAUCCUACUCACAGGAUUCACAUUUCGACAGUCUGACUCAAAUUAGUAGUUCUUUAGGAGAAACACUGACAUGAAACAUUUACUGUUCCAAAACUCAAUGUUUAGGCUUUUUAUGUCGCACAGUAGAUUUUAUUUUUUAUUUUUAUUUUUGCAUCCUUAAAGUACUCUUUCUAGUCCCCUUGAAUUAUUUAUUUAUAACUACAUCUACACCUUCUUUGGUACAUAUUUGAAACCUACCAGUAGUUAUACUUAAUAGCUGGUUGUUAUAAAAACGGUGAUUUUUAUUAAGAGUUAACAUUUGUGACAGUGUGAAAGGCUUGCUUUAAGUUGCAUAAAGUUCAAGUGGAUAUGCUGUAUUUUCUUCCAUCUGCUGUUCUGUAAUGAAGCGUACCUGCGCCUGCGGACCCGCUUGAUGUGUGAAAUGUAAAGAAUCAGUUGCAUCUGUUGUGUUUUCAGAGUUUUUUUUUGUUUUGUUUUUUUGUUGCUGUUUCUGCAGCUUCAACAUGGAUUUUUCGGUGGAACUAGGGAAAAAGAGAAACUGAGAAAUUCAUCAUCUGUAACCGGUUACAGAUUAUGUGUUUUUCUUUUAAGAAAGGCUUUGUGUCAUUUUAGGUUUUACUUUGAAGUUAAUCAGCUGCAGCCUUGUGAAAUAGCUUUUAAUGGCACCUUUUAGCCAUACCCAGAUUUAUUUCUCUAUGUACAUAUCUCAAAUUAAGACCAAAUCAUAAUAUUUUUUUUAAAUGUUUGUGCCUCAUGAAUGCAAACUACUAUGAUGGGCACAUGCACCUUUAUUUGUCCAAGCUUUCAUAACUCAGUUCAGAAGAGUUUCCAGUUUUGAAAAGACCUGGUCAUCUUUACAGACAGUUGCAUAACAAUUUUGGGGAAGCUGUGCUAUUAUUCGAUGGUACCUGUAUUUCAAAAAAUAAAACAAUUUAAAACAUUCUUUGUCUAUUAAAGUUUAUUUAACCAGUU